UUUACAGGAUGUCGGAAAAUUCUGAUUAUUCUCGCAAUGUGUCACUCAGACUUUCUAAAGUACUUGAUGAGAUAGGAGUGAACGAGAGAAUGGUGAUUAAAAGAAGGCGACUAGAGCUGAUGAAUGAAACAUUAGAAACAAUAGGGCAACAAUUAUUAACACAUGGAGGUGUAAAUGUGUAUCAUUUAGGUAGUAGAGGAGAAGGUACUACAACAUUAGGACUUAAUUCUGACAUCGAUGUACUUUUAACACUUACCAGGCUCAAAGUGAUACAGGACUGGAGUGAAUGGGAACCUGAUAAACAAAACAUGUUAAUGAUACAGGAUGAUACUGUAUCACCAGGAUAUUGCUUAUUACAGAUACUGAGAGGGGACGCUCCGCUGCCAGAAGAUAAUGUGUAUAAUCAGUACUGGUAUAGAGAUAGAAUAGGAAGAGUAUUAUUAAAGAAUACUUUAUUACAUAUAAGCACUAGUUCUGAAAGUGUAAGACAUGGUCCAGCAAUUACGAUGGAAGAAAUUCCUGGUUACUGUGGUCAUGACAUUGUCAUUGCAAUACCUUGUCACCAGUGGCCAUUGAAAGCUAGACAAUGGAUAAAUCAGCAACUUGAAGGUCAAUGGCCUACAAGCGAUAUGAAACAGUAUUGUAAACGCACGGAAUGUUUCGUUGUUGGAGUUGGAGGCAAAGGCAGUGUUAAUGAAGACAUUGAAUGGAGAAUAUCCACUUCCCUUGCUGAGAGAUUUUUAAUGUUCAGUCUGAAUAUAACACAAAUCAGAUGCUUUAUCUUAAUGAAAAUGAUUCUAAAAACGUUUAUAACCACACAAUGCCCUGACAGCAUUUCAAGUUUUAUGUGUAAAACGGUCUUACUUCAUAGUAUUAAAAGUACAGUCAACAAUGCUUGGAACGAAAACACCUUACUGAUUUGUCUAAAUUACUGUCUAACAAUACUUUACAAUUGUAUUGUAAAUGACUAUUGCCCACAUUUUAUCAUCCCAGAGAACAAUUUAAUGGCGAGACGUUUUACUGUAGUAACAAAACAAAUCAUACUAGAGAGACUCUCUUACAUUAUAAGCAGUAACGGAAGUGCUUUACUUGAAAUAGAAUGUGACCAACUUGGGUCUAGAAUUCAAAACACAUUUUUGAGAUUAGUAGACUUUGUUCCUGAACACCUGUCUUGUGUGAUUUCAGGAAACCUAGUUAACAUUAUUGCUCGCAGAGUCAAUGACUUGAUCAUGGUCUUGCUCAAUAAAUUGAAUAAAACCAAUAACAUUCGACUUCUAUUGCAAACAUUAUAUAAAUACCUGAUGAAAGUAACUCAUGAUAUGAAUCAAGGGCAAAAUAGAAUAGCAUGUAGUGCAAUAGCUAAAUUUCUUAGCAUGCAUUUAGGAUCUGCACUUGCUUCAAUUAACAUACAAAGUGAACGCAGUGUAUGCCGAGAAUCUACCGUUUUGCUGUCGUUUUGCCUAAACAUUGAUGUAGCAUCGGGUAAACUGAAACUAGCAUCAAUUUUCUAUUGUACUGGAGAGAUUGAGACGACAGAACAAAUUUUGAAAAAUAUUGAAGAAAGUUAUGAUCUCAUUGUAGUUGAACCCAUCUGUAAAUGCUACGCUUUUCAACACUUUGAAUGUAAAAGGGCAUUCAAUAAGUUAUGUUAUGAAGCAGAUGAUGAAUAUACAUUGUUACAGAGUAUAACUGCAUCAUGUGUCAGGUUUCUACGAUGUGAAAUAAACUGCUGUCCCAAAGAACUCCAACAUGAAAUGUUUCGAUCAUCACAACAGGACCUCCCUUAUAGAAGUGAAAAUGAUGAAUGGAUGAAUUUGGCUGUGAUAGAUUCUCUACCUUAUUUAUACUUUCUACAGUACAAGACAUAUUCUCAUCUCAGAAGGAAUCGGGAUAAACAGGCGGCAAUCUCCAACCUUGCCAAAUGCAUUGUAGAGGAACCAAAUUUCGGACACAAAGAAACAGCACUAAACCUUCUAGGUCAGUGUAUGGAACAAGAAAACAAAACGGACGCUGCUUUACAGUGCUAUCUGUUCUCUCUGAAAAUACGAGGCAGAAAUAACGCUGCAAAGUUUCAUAUAUGUAGACUAGUAAGCUCAAUGUUUGGCCAAGGCAUGCAUUAGUGUAAUGGAAACAAAGGCGUCUUGUGGCUGCGAACUGACAAUAUGUAAUCAUGUUCCUUUUACAGAAAGGCUCAACUUGUCAUACACUUUUUUAAAAAGGAACAGAUUUAUCAUUGAGUUUAUUUGAUCUGGGAAAAAAUAUGUCACUGCUUUACGAUGUGUAUUGAUAUUUGUAUGCAUUAAACCAUGAGUAAGAUUGUAAAGUAAUGCUUUUGUCAGACUUGUAGAAGAUUUAAGACAUUGAAAGCAUUAUGUAAAUACUUUUGGCGGAAAAUUGAACAAAGUAAAGAUCCCUAUCUAAUUACAAUGUACAUGUAUAUAUAAUUAGCUUGAACUUGUUUUAUAAAAAAAAGGUAACAUAUCAAAUGUUUACAAUCUAAACAUAUAAAGCAAACACGAAACUGUUUACCUUUUGUUUUACUGAAUAGGCGUGCAAGAGUGAACAAUCAAAGCAUUGUUAUUUUAUAUCAGAUACAGUAAAACAAAUAUAAUUGUUAAGAGGUUAUACAGUUACGCAAUGACUACCAAUCUUGAGCAGAGAUAUUUAUAAGAAAAGAAAUAUGUCGGUAAUGAAUUGUUGAAAUAGUGUUUUUUAUGAAAAACAAAAAUCCCAGUGAAGAUUCAAUGUGCAGAUAAACUUUUCCAUUUAUUUUUUUUUUCAGAAAUUUUUUUUUCCCAAACACAUUUGAACAUUUUUUACUGUAUUACAUGUAUUAAUUAAUGUUGUUUAAUUUUGUUGCAAAUUUUGAACAGUGUACAGCUACUUGGGUACAUAAAAAAUUUUUUUACCAAAAAAUGAUACCAAACAGUUAAAGGUUAUAAAAUUAUUAUCAUGUUUUAUAUUUUAGUACAAAUAGCAUGAUAAAGUUUAUUAUUUGCUAUACGCCCGAAUUAUUGUUCGUGUAUAUUGGUAUUGAUCUGACCGCCCGUCCGGUUUGUAUAUUUGUCAGGACAAGGUUAAGAUCAUGCUAAGUCAUUGUGUAUGAAUUUUAAAAGUUCAUGUCAGCACAGUAUCUUUUGCACCAAGGGAAGGAAAUUAAAAGAAAAACAGAAUUUUUUAUUAACAUGAGAUGACAGGGAGAAGCCUGGUUUAGAUUUGUCCAUAACAAAAUUGGCAUUGUCUUCGGAUCAUUUGAUUGAUAUAAGCAAUUUAUAGGACAAAACACUUCUGUAUUGUGCUGAACUUAAAACUACAAGCCUAGAGCAUUUGGCAUGAAGUACUGUAAUGUGGACCUCUACAAAGUAAUAUUCAUCAUGUCUAUUUGGUCAACAUUUUCCUUGCCCGGGAGUCAACUGAUAUAUAUAUAAGCUAUAUAUUUGCAAACACAUUUAUGUCUUUUCUUUAACUACAUUGCCUAGAGCUUGACAUGUGGCAUUGCUUUUGGGCGACCUCUAUAAAAGCGAUAUGAUCAAUUUUGGCUGACCCCAGGAGUAACGUGAUUUAUAUAGAAAA